AUGGUUUUCUCACCAAUUUCGCCUGCAUGUAUACAAACACCAGUGAAUAAUAAUUCAUCAAAUGAAACCAAUUCUCAAUUUGAAUCAGAAAUAUUCGUACAUAUCGAUCACUUAUCUAUCGAUUCAGUUUUAAAAGGCAUUCAUACAAAUAUCAAUCAAUCUCGUGAAGAUUAUUCAGAUUAUUAUUUUGAUGAAAAUGAUUUUGAGCUUUUAACAGAAGAUUUAAUGGAAAUUAACUCUACUCAAUCAAUGUCUAAUUUAUUUGAUGAAUAUAUAAAUACAAAUGAUCCGACAACAACGAUGAGAAAAGACAAAUUAGUGAAAAGAAAACGAAUAAUUGAUCCAAAAAAUACUGAACGUCGGACAUUAUUUGUAUCUGGAUUAAGAAAUCAUGUAACUAAAGAUGAAUUACUAAAAUAUUUUAUUGGUUCUCUACGAAUAACAGUAAAACAGUAUCGAACAUCAUCACAUUUGAAGUAUGCUUUUAUUCUUCACCGAACAGCACAUGAAGCUGAAAUGAAUCUGCGACGACCAAUUGAUCUCCAACUUCUUGGUUCCGUAUGUCAAAUUGAAUAUGCUGGGAAAUGUAUUUCACGUGCUAAUAUCCCGGAAAGUAUUGAACAAAAGAAAGUUGUUGUUCGUCAAAUACCUGAAAAUAUAACUGAACAAAAUCUAUAUGAAUUAUUUCGUCCUUGUCAAAUUCUUAAAUAUUGCCCGGCAAUUGAUCUUUCUUCCCAAUCAACAAUGAAAACUGAUGAUCAUAUUUUACCUGGAUAUGCUGUCCUUUUAUUUAACAAUAAAGAACAAGCAACUCAUGUCAUACAAAAUACAAACAAAUACGAAAUUAAUGGAAAACAAUUAACUAUUGCUUUAUGUCGAAGCUAA